GACUGUCCAAAAUGGCGGCAGGAGAGGAUGAAGGCCAGGCGGCGGAGCCGGAGGCGGCAGCGGAGUCGGAGGCGGCGGUAGAAGAGCCACGGAGCUUCAAGGACCUGGGAGUGACAGAUGUCCUGUGUGAAGCUUGUGACCAGUUAGGAUGGAAGGUGCCAACAAAGAUCCAAGUUGAGGCUAUUCCAAUGGCUCUCCAAGGUAGAGAUAUCAUUGGACUGGCAGAAACUGGCUCUGGAAAAACAGGAGCCUUUGCUUUGCCAAUUCUUCAAGCGCUGCUGGAGACACCUCAACGAUUAUUUGCUCUUGUCCUCACACCCACAAGGGAGCUGGCCUUCCAGAUCUCAGAGCAGUUUGAAGCUCUUGGAUCCUCCAUCGGUGUCCACACUACGGUUAUCGUGGGUGGAAUUGACAACAUGUCGCAAUCUCUGGCCUUAGCCAAGAAGCCACAUGUUAUAAUUGCUACCCCUGGCCGUCUAGUUGACCAUCUGGAGAACACAAAGGGCUUCAACUUACGAGCUCUGAAGUUCCUAGUGAUGGAUGAGGCUGACCGGAUCCUUAACAUGGAUUUUGAGACAGAGGUGGAUAAGAUAUUAAAAGUGAUUCCUCGAGACAGGAAGACAUUCCUGUUUUCUGCUACCAUGACCAAGAAGGUUCAAAAACUCCAGCGUGCUGCUCUGAAGAAUCCUGUUAAAUGUGCUGUUUCUUCCAAAUACCAGACAGUUGAAAAACUGCAGCAAUACUACAUUUUCAUCCCCUCCAAAUUCAAGGACAGCUACCUGGUUUAUAUCUUGAAUGAACUAGCUGGGAACUCUUUCAUGAUAUUCUGUAGUACGUGUAACAAUACUCAGAGGACUGCUUUACUGCUCCGCAACCUGGGCUUCACUGCCAUUCCUCUCCACGGGCAGAUGAGUCAGAAUAAACGCUUGGGCUCUCUAAACAAGUUCAAGGCAAAGGCGCGUUCUAUCCUGCUGGCUACUGAUGUUGCAAGCAGAGGUCUGGACAUCCCACAUGUAGAUGUGGUGAUAAACUUUGAUAUUCCUACACACUCUAAGGAUUAUAUCCAUCGUGUUGGGAGAACGGCUCGAGCUGGGAGAUCUGGCAAAUCUAUCACCUUCGUCACACAGUAUGAUGUAGAGCUGUUCCAGCGCAUUGAACACCUGAUUGGCAAGAAGCUGCCAGCGUUCCCCAUGCAAGAGGAAGAAGUUAUGAUGCUGACAGAGCGAGUGGCUGAGGCCCAGAGAUUUGCUCGGAUGGAGCUACGGGAGCAGGGAGAGAAGAAGCGAUCUCGGAACGAUGACGAUGAUGACACAGAAGAAGCUAUUGGUGUCAGAAAUAAGGUGGCAGGUGGUAAAAAGAAGAAGAGGAAAGCCUUCUAGCUCAGUAUUUGGACAGACUUUUUUAUUUUUCUCUGUAUUGUUACAUGAGCUCGGCAAAAAUGGUCCACCAAGCCAUCUCCAGCGGAUUGUUUUUUUUCCAGAACUACUUAUGAAAUUGGGCAGUUCACCUGGAAAACAACUUCCUCUCUUAUGCUUCACCAGUUACAGACUGAGCUUGACCCACUGUGGUACCAUAAGACCGAUUUUUCCUUUCAGAGGCACCAGACUGUCACCUCUGGACCCGAAAGCAGCAGUGGUCUGGCCCUGCUCAUUCACAAAGAGGUGCAGUGUGAGUGCAGCCUUUCCCGCUGCAAACUAGUGCUUCUGGGGUCAGGUUAAGUCCCUCAGAAGAAAGAGAGGAAAAAAAUUAAGAGGCAACUGAGUUUCCACAGCACAGCUGUGAUGCCCUUGCCUUAGUGACCAUGUCCAUGUGACGUGGAGAACUCCAAAUAUAUUUUGCUUAAUUUUAAAGCUAUCUGGUUUUUCUGUGUCUUGCCACUUGCUCAUUUUGAGUAUCGGCUCUGUCACAAGGUUUUCUUCUUAGGUCAGUCUUAGCAAUUCAGGCGUGACAUGAAUAUGUCAGCUGAAGGGUGGCCCAGCACAAAGAGAACCUGUUUGGCAGGAUUAGGCUAUUCCCUGCCUGAAAUUCGAUUCAAAAUCCGUAAUGAUUGGCAAGCUCAAGGGGAGGUCUGGGUUUUGAUGUUUGUUUUUGUGGCUGGUUCUUGUAGUACUUACAAAUCAACGCAAGAGGGUGGUAUUUACAUAAGAAAGCAGUUUAUGAGCUGGGUGGUGGAAAAAGGGUAUCGCAGAGGCUCACUCUGUGUUCCCCAGUUUAUUUCUCUGUCUUAGGCAGAGUUCAGUGCUGUAAAUAGAGUCUUGCAAGAAUGGAAGUAAUGUACUUACCUUCAUAUCAAAUCGGAAGGUUAGUGCUAGUUCCCACUGACAAUAAAAAUUUUCACACUGGAUGUUUCUGCUGGUGGACAGAGGAGGGCAAGAAGCUCCAUGAUCACUGAACAUGAAAAUUUAAUGUCUGUUGGAACCACUCAUAAACUAGAUUUUCACCUACAUGG